AUGACGAACACGCUGGUGGUAGGUCGAUAGCCAAGACGGAGGUUCUCCGCAGCAGCGACGGCUAGUGCAACGGACAAGCUGACAGUGGCGUGGCAGGGCGACGUCUACCAGAAGAUCAUCGAAGAGGUUGUCACCGCCUCGCAGAACGACUUCGAGGAGAGCGGCGUGGGCACGACGACGCUCACGGAAUUGCAGCAGGUACGUGAUCCAGUCUCCUCUCUUUCUCCGCAAGCGGCCAGGCCAGUCCCAUCCAGUCGUCCACCGAUUGUCUGUCGCAUUACCCGCAGCAGAAAGACUGCAGCAUUGCACAGAAAGAGGCCAGAGUCGCAAUCCUGUCGUCGUCUUUUGGAACAGGCUUCUGCUGCCUGCAGGCCCAGCUGAGAGGGCGACUCCGACUCAGCUGGGCGCAGGCGGGCAGAAGCGGGGCGGGCGCUUUCAAGAUUUGCGGGCGCGGGCUCUCCUCCCUUUUGGCUCACCAGCUUUAUACACGCACCUCCCGCUAAGCCCCGCCUCUUGUAUGACGCCUAACCACUUUCGGAUCUUCAUCACGUGUCGCACGUGAUCAUUUCUUCACAUCCACACUGUCUCUGUCAGUCAAUCAAACCCGAACCGAGCGAUAUUGACAUCUCAACAGGAAUGGCAGGCGAAGCUCUCUCAGCGCGGCGUCGCUCAGAUGCCCUGGGACCCGAAGCCUCAACCACCUCCCCAGCAACAGCCCGCCCAGACUCAAGCUCCCCCGUCGUCGAUGCCGUCAGCCUCACCUAACGGUAUGCCUCCAUCGUCAUACCAGAGCUAUGACAACUCUCAGACAACUGGGUCCAACGGAGCGUCUCGCAUCAAGCAGGAACCAGGAACAGAGCAACAGUACCACGGCCUCCCAACGAGCUAUCCCUCCAAUCCAGGCGGCGGUCUUGCACGCGCACAGCAACUAGUCCAGGAGCAGUACGGCUCUGCGGGUGCAGCGUCGAUCAAUGCAAUGCAGCAGCGUGGUGGCCUCGCGCUUCCUGGCCAACAGCAGAAGUCUCCAGGUAUUCAGCUACCGGGAGGCAGCCCACAACAAAGCGGUCAGCCGAACUUUCAGCAACAGCAAGCCGCAGCAAUGGCUCAGCGCCAGCAACAGCAACUUGCGCAACAGCAGGCAAAUCCACGAAUCAAGGUCGAGAACGACAGCCCGCAGAUGCAGCAAGGCCAAUUCCAGCAGCAACGUCCACAAACCAACUACAGUCAGACAGAUGGUGCCGACGAGGGCAUGGAUGAGUGGCGUGCGAUGCUGGCGGAGCGUCGAGCUCUGCAUGCUCAGCAAGGCGAGCAUGCAGACCGCAUGAUGCGUGAUCAGGUCAUGCAGCUCGCCGAGGGUCUUCAGAGCGGACUGAUGGUGCCCCUGUCGGAACAGCCGUCCAAGAAGAUCAAGAAGCGUCGCGCGGCGGCCGCAAGAUCGACUCAGACCACAGCUUCAUCUUCAUCAGCACCAUCUAUCCCGCAAUUGGAUGGCGAUGCAGACGAGGAGGACGAGAAGCCCGACUUGAAAGACGAGGACGACGAGAAUGCCAUCAACUCCGACCUGGACGACUCGGACGACGAUGGCGCAGGUGCCAUGGGCGACGAUGACGACGACAUGGGUGACAGCAUCCUGUGCACUUACGACAAGGUGCAGCGCGUCAAGAACAAGUGGAAGUGCACCCUCAAAGACGGCGUUAUGAGCGUCAACGGCAAGGAGUGGGUCUUCCACAAGGGACAGGGAGAAUUCGAAUGGUGA